UCAGUCCAAAACAAACAAUCCCUAAAACUCUCCUCGCACAAUUUCUCACAAUCACCCGUCGGCUGUCACCAACCACCAGCCACUGGCCCCUCUCCGCACUCAGAACUAGUCCAUCACCGGUCAACCACCAGUCUAGCGGCGAAUCUGUUACCGCCCGCACGCAGCGGCCACCGCCUGGCGCUCAGCAAGUUGACGAUCCCUCGCCCUCCCAUUUCGCUAAAAAUGGACAGCAAUGAGAUUGAAAGAGUACGCGGGAGUAUAAAUGAGUUGAGCAUCAAAGAACAGGCUGAUCAAGCUGAAGGUAGCCCACAAAUCACCUGUUUUUCUCAAGCUUCUCAAGCUUCUGAUGAAGUUACCUUCCACUUCCAGAUUAUUCGUCUUCACAAUCAGAUUUAUGCCUGGGUUGGUUGCAACACAGCCAAGUUUGGACAUUUGUAUGCGGAUGCACCUACACGGCCUGUAAUUGGUGUGACUGUGACUUCUCUAAUAGGAGGAGCUUCUGAUAACACGGGUUCUAGAAUUGCUCGUCGAUUAGUUCUAAAGACAGGUCUUAACAUCGUACUUGCUUGUAACAUACCAAAGAAUAACCCCAUGCUUGAGGCAAAUGCUGAGAAAAUGCUGAUGCAGAAGCUAAUUAGUCUCGGAUACACCAAGUCGAGAAGC